GCUGCAGCCCGCCUCAUAUAGCCAGCGGCACGCAGGGAGCACCGAAGACACGGCGACCAGCACCCUGUCCCGAGCUGCAAGAUAGGAGGGGAGAAAUCAAAGAUGAACAAGAUAUUUGGAGUCGUGGACAUCAUAUGAUCUGCACCGGUGAGUGGAAAACCGACACCUUCUUCAGCACCAAGACCUCCAAGAUCAUCAAGAUAUUCAGGACCCAUCAACUACUCUAUCAAGAUCAACAAGAUGAAGUUAUCUGUCCUAGAUUGGAUCGACCGGCUUGGGGUCGGUCUAGCUCAGCUCAGGGUUUGCCUAGCAGGAGGCGGAGUCUGGUCCGCAGAUGGCGCUGAACUCCUGCUCAUAUCUUCAGUUACUCAAGCUCUCGCGAAUGAAUGGUAUUGUUUAAUAAACAGUUGUGGCGAAAGAGUGAAUGGCAUCUCAAUAUCUUACCUGAUCCCUUCUAGUCGAAUACGAGGACUUAGAAUUUGAAGACAUAUUGAAAUCGGAUAAAAGUGACUAUUUUCACAUAGACGCUUUUGAAACAACUUUAUUGGUCUGAAUCUUAUAUAACUAACCUCCUCCCAUAACAGGCUUCUGGUUCCCCAUCAUUUUCUUUUAGAGGUGUGCUGCAAAUCUUGACUGGCUUUCACCUUUUGGUGAAGGUUUAGGUCCAGCGGCGCCCAAAGCACUAUAAGUAAGACAGCCGGUUAGUUUUCACCUCGACAAUAUCAGGCUUAUCCCGUGCAACGACAUACUGAAAUCGGAUGAAUACAACCAGUAGUUCUCAGCUUUAGUACUUAUUUUCAGAGGACCUCUACCUCUACGUCCACUCGAGGAUUUCCACUUGUUCUCUUGACUACACUGCUUUCUUGUCGACAGCCAACGCGGUCCUUGUCCUCACUACCUCUUCCUAGGGACCUCUCCGCGAUGGAGCGUGGCUGUGUUGUGUCGAUUGUAUUCGUGGGAGUGAUGUGGGGCAAUAUCAUUUCUGGAGACCUAGGAGAUUUCUACGGACGACGAAUGCCGGUUUUGCUUUCCUACAUUUUGUUAAGGCUUAAGGUUGUGCUUGUGGGAGGUGGCGUAAGAUGUAGGAGCUUUCUUAGUCUUUUUAGUCUUAGAGUUUGUUAGUACUACGAGGUGGAGUUUUCCCACAACAAUUAUUUUUGUUGAACAAGGACAACAAGAACGUGGUUAUUUUGCGUUCGCUUUCCACAGUCAGAGAGACCACUGCUCAUACACAUUUUCAUGUUGCAACCUUGUGUUGAAGUAGAUAAGUAGAUCGAUCCUCACCCUUAACUCUACCUCUGCUUCUGUUGUGGCUGUAUGCCUCCUUCCGUAUUCUUCUAAUCCUGAUUUUCGUUUUCUCUCUCGCUUCUGCGUUGUCGACGGAGCUGUAUAGCUUGGUCGCCCUCCAGUUUAUGGUAGGAGUCGCCUUCGGGAUUGGACAGCCUUCCGUCAGUGCACUUACAUUAUGCAUGAAGAUCGUGGUCGCUUUUCAUUUUCUCAUUCUCUGCGUUUUGGGAUAAAAAUUGUUCUUGAAAUAAACAAAAUCAGUCUACUUAAGUAGAGAGUUGUCACCUCCUCAUGAUCUCUUUCAUCCAAUCUCUAAUGUCCACUGAAGUUAUGCCUCGGAGGUGGCGCAUUUUGCCUCAAGUUGUGGGACAGAUCAUGUUUUCGCUGGGUGAAAUGUAUUCUGCGACUCUGAUUGCGAUUGAUGACGCGGACAUGCACCACCUAGAUUGGCGGUGGCUCGUAAGUAUGGGCGCCUUACCCUCAUUGGCAUUAGGGAUUUAUGCAGCUUGUGAAUUGCAGGAGUCGCCGCUAUGGCUGGUGACGACGACACAGAAGUCUUAAGGCUGUAUUUUGAAUUUGAAUUUGACUGCAUCCUCGAAACGCAUCAUGCGGGAGUAUCCCAAGGAAAUGCUCUGCCCGCUUCCGAGUAGUUCUGUACUUCUUCGUUCGCUACGCCAUCGCACCUAAAAAAAAAGUCCUGGCUGAUGCGAGGCUCCCUGAAAUCUGAAAUCACACUGAUGCAGUUGGAAGAUGAAACACGGAGGGCGCUAAUUAUCGGCCGCAGGAAUGGUGGCGCAUGUUGGUGGUGCUGGUACGACAGGAUCAGGAGUUCUACUGGAGCCGAACAGAUUUCGGCAAGCCAUCCGAAUUCUAGAGGACAUGCGGAGGUUGAACUCCAUUAAGUUCUUCUCUAGCGUCGACAGGAGCACUGCACCACUACCACAACAAGAACAUUAAGGCUACCGCUGAAGCAUCCUCAACGUCGUCCUUGGCUCCUUUUCUACUUGAAAAAGGCAUCAAGGAUGCUGCCAAGGAUGCCCAUGCGGUAGCUCUAAGAACAAGAAGAUAGGAGGAGGAAUAGCACUAUAGAGCUGAUAGAGGAGAUUGAGUUGGUGCCGCCACCUCUGUCGCCAGGAUUGCAUCAGAGUACGACAAGACCGCCAACACCAGACGCACACUUUCAGAAGCUUCAGCGUGUCUUCUCUUCUCGAUUCGCCUCGAUGACCUUCGCCCUUUGCUGGUACAAUUGGGGAUCAUACUACCUAAUGUUAUAAUUCAUACUGCAGCAGCUACAUAUAAGUACAUACAUAGAUACAUCACAACAACUCAUAAACAUGAAGUAGAAGUAGAUGGAGAACUUCUAUGUAUUUAGGUAUCUAUAUUAACAGCGUGGAGUUGGUCUCGCUCUCGUCCUGCUACUCGUACAAGAACUCAGACAUCUUUAUUAAAUUUCUUCUACACCCCAUGAUUGGGUACACUACUACUACUACUACUACUACUACUACCAAGCAUAAUUUCAUCUGUCCACAUCAUUCUACCAACAUCCCAUCUCCCAGGACAACGUUCAGCAUGAACUUUGUGUACUACGGAGGAUUAUAUGGCUUUCCGCAACUGUUAGAGGGCAUUGGAGAUACUCUGACAUUAAAACCCGCUGUUUCUCUGAUGCUGGCAGCAUCAUUUUUAAGAAGGUAGUUUACUUAUACCGUAUAGUGUAGUGGAAGUAAUAGUAUUACUUGUACCGUAUAGUAAUAUAGUGUAGUGGAAGUAAAAGCUGUUGUAGACUGUCAUCAUUUUUCUUAAGAAGGGCUACUGCCAUCUUCUAGUUCUAGAAAUUAAUACUUUUAAUAAUGAUCUGCUCUUCCUAGGAACGAACCUCCUAGAAGGGUGUCCAUGCUACAGAUACUCUUGACAUGAGCCUGUUCUAACUUCUGAGAUUCCCGGUUGUUUGUUGGCGCUGUUUCUCGGCCUAUAUUGCUUCCGGAAAGUCGCCAUCACAGCGUCGCUAUCCAUAUGUAUGCUGUUUACAGCAUGCUUUAUUGCGGGCGCUGACCUCGUCGCUCGCAGCGAAGAGAGGGAAGUAGUUACGGCGUUGGCGAAUCCUAAGUUAAGAUGACACAAGGACUAGGCUGCUCACCAUAAUCUAACCAAGAACAGUUCUACUUGCUGAAUGUUAGGUUUAUCUGUCUAAGACAACUUCCAGAAGUAAUCGGUGUGCGCACGAAAGGGGACCCCAUCGUAGCUGAGGGCAACAAGGAAAGCGCAUACGAUAUACAAGAGAACUCGAGAAGACGUCGUGCUCUACGUGCAGCAACGGCGAAAACGAUGAAAAACUCAGCUUCUUCUUCAGGUAAUACAACGACAAAGUCGGCGAGGUCGGCGCGGAGGACGUCCACGUCAAAGCGCAUCCAUGAAGGAUCAUCAACAUCAGAAGAGAGUGGUGCAUCAUGGCAUUACCAGCACGAAUACGAACAACAUGAAGAUGAAGAUCAUACCAGUGCCUCAACAAGGAAGAGAUCAACAUGGUCCUCCACCACAUCUUCGUCUAAAAAAAGUUCAAAAAAUAUUCCCGAAAAAAUUGACGCUUCAGGCACAGUAGGGACAACGACUGCUGCUGCGGCAGUCGGUGGCACGACAAUUGAACAAGAAUUGAACAAAGAAGGUGACUAUGAAAAUGACGACGAGCAGCAAAUGCAUCAAGAAAAACAGAUAGAAGAUCUUCAAGAUCAUGAAGAAGAUGGACAUCAUGCUGACGUUGUAGAAGAAAAUGCUGACGCAGAAGACAAGAAUAUAUGGGAUGAAAGCGCAGGUAAGUAUCGCACUGCCAAUGAAACUAUAAGUGCACAGCGCCAAGAACAGGUGGACAAAAAAACAUCUAAGAACCCUAAGGCCGCUAAGCAACAAAGAAGAGGUACGAACUCGUCUACUACAACUUCAACUAUUACUACUACUAGCGAAGAUGAGGAAUACGUAGCGACCGUUGUUGGGCCAGUCCUGAUGAAGACGAGGAAUGCAACAUCCUUUUUCGUGAAAUUUUUUGGAACUAGUCCUGCUCAGCAGAGUGGUGCUGGAAGUCAUUCAUUUAAGGCUUGUUCUUCUCUUGUAAAAGCGAUGAAGACUACUUUUAUGAGUAUAGGCUGCUACCCUACGUUUUGUUUUCCUUUUUUGGUCAUUUCCUAGGUAGUAAGUUAGGUUGGCUCCACCACUAUAGGUAUCCAUGGGGCGAUCUUAAGACUCCGCAAAUAUCUUGCAAUGCUUGUCUAGGCUCAACACCUUAACUACAAAAGAGCCUUCCAAACCUCCGUUAAACCUGUUGCGGAGAUUAUGUAUUUCACCAUUUAAGAAUGGUUGCGGAGGUUAUUAUGUAUUUCACCUGUUGCGGAUUGGUUAAAAUACAUGAAGAUUCUGUAUGGUGAACUCUUCUAAAACGAUGAACCUGAUCAUCCAGGAUGAUCCUGACGAAAAGUGGAGACUGAGGAAAAGAAGACGGCUAUUACCAUCGUCGUGGCCAAGCAUGACGCAAGUGUCUGCUUUUUUUAUGACAAAUACAACACGAGGACCUACUCCUGUACCUGUGAAGAAAGUGACUAUUUAAUUAUAAAUAUUCGGUGUACCUGAUUGAACCUGUACUACUAGCUCAUCUUCAUUUUCAAUUUGAUAGAGCAUACCUUCAUCAGCCGCUGUGCUGUGGUCUUCGGUAGAGGACUAUAUGAGAAGAUCUAGGACAUUUUUCGACGUGAUCCCUAAUGGGACUGUCUCUAAGAACUAAGAACUAUAUUCAAAAAAAUAUCCUAUGCUAUCCUAUGAACAUUUUUUCCUCUCAUGCUAUCCCAUCCUCUUCUAAUUUCCCCUCUCUCUUCGGUACUAGAGACAAAAGCAAAGGGUCUUGGUUCUCUUGGUUUGAGCCUUUUUUUAGUGGAAAGGAACUGAAGACUACGGGAAACGUAUGAAACGAAAAAGUGUACUCAUCGAUCCUCAAGAUGAAAGUAGGCUCUCAGGCUCUAGUACUUCCUAAAAAGCAAAAAUUUUUAUAAAUACAGAUAAAGCCUCUACUUUAUUCCAUUAAUAGAGAGGACAUGAAGCUCAUAAAGCCUCUUUCCAUUCUUAUGGUUUUGAAGCUCUCUUUCCAUACAUUUAGUUAACGCCUCUUUUCUUGAGUAUGUGACGAGAGAGUACACUUUUUCUUGUCAUAGAGAGCGUUAUUGCAAUUUGGCCUGUUCGGGAAUAAGAUCUUCGUACAAGUUAUGAAGCCAAAAUCCCUUAUCAUUCUCAAAACUGGAGUUGGAGUGCUCCUUACUCAACAUUUUUAUAUAUACCUCCACUAGACUGGGUACACUAGACUGGGUUUGGGUACACUACUAGUAGUACUACUACUACGUGACACGGCGAGUAGAAGCCCACCAGAGGGGCAGCCGCGGUCGCCCACUGAAUUAAAUUGACUGGGUACACUACUAGUACCAUUCUUCAAGAAGUUCCUUCUCUCUCAACUAGAAAUUCAGAGUGAUAAUGAUAAUCAUGAGUUUUGGUUUCAUACCUGUCGUCUUCUCGCUGAUCUACCUCUAUGCCAUGGAAUGCUUUCCGACUUCAUUUCGGACAACAUUAUGGCGAGAUCAUGAAGAUGUAAUACUAAUACGUACUAGUAGAGAUUACUUCUAGACAUUACAACUAACAGGAGGCUCAGGUGGCUUUGGAAAACACAUUAGGAUUUAUGUUAAUUUAGAAGGAUAUGAAUUGAUUCUCCACGUCCACCUGCACCUACUUACUUGUAGUUCUACUUCCGUAUGCUGAUGGUGUACGGUGAAUGCCACGGCCUACUUUAUUGCUGCCGUAAAUCUCACUCUCUUCUAAAACUAGGAGCCGCCGUUGUGUUGUCUUCGGGUCGACUUGGUGCGAUAUUGUGUCCUCUUGUGUUCGAAUCCUUGCCGCACCAAUUUUACUUCUUCUACGUGAUGACGGCUCUCCUCUUCGCGAACUGUGCCAUGUUCGUUUUUCUCUCUUUGCCGGAGACAGCUGGAAAGUUAAGGCACUCGGAUCUGUCACCUGCGGACUUACGUAUUUCAUCAUAAGCAAGAAGAGAUUUCACCAAAUUUUUACAUGGCUUUUCACAUUAGAUGCCAGGUCGUCAUAAUAUCCUAGAGUCUAAGAAGACACAUGUGUAAGUACUUCAUUCCUCUAGUACAGUUAUUUCAUGUUCUUUGUUCUAGUACAGUUCUCGUAACCUUCUACUAGGUAGAAUCUCAGUCAUGCACUAUUCUAGUACAGUUCUUGUUCUAUUCUAGUAUAGUUCUUGCAACCUUCUAGGUACGAGAAUCUCAGUCAUGUUCUAUUCUAGUACAGUUCUUGCAACCAUUUAGGUAGAAUCUCAGUCAUGUUCUAUUCUAAGUAGUUUAGUUCUUGCAACCUGGUAGAAUCUCAGUCAUGUUCUAUUCUAGUACCGUUCUUGCAGCAGUCAUCUACUUCUAACAAACGGUCUUCCCGAGACGGAGUCCGAAGUAGCAGGUUAUACGUCACGACUUUGGGACACGUUAUCUUGGAGGGAUGUACGGUGGUGGCUUUAACUACUACGCUAGUGGCUUUAACUACAGGAGACACAUUGUUCAUUCAUGAUGAUGAAGUGAAGUGCUUUACGCUUAGUCCUCUCCGUUCUUAUAUUAGUACAACAUGUACGAGGACGGGCUAUGUUGUGAGACUGACUCAUGCCAACAUGGCAUGCAGUUGUUUAGUUGCAGAAGAAGAUCUACGACUAACUACGUGAACAAAAUUAAAAUUUAUCAUGCUUACGAGGGACAAGGUUCAUCAUGUCGGGAAAAACCUCGUCCACACGACUAACUACAAGAAUUAUACUUGAAAUUUGUCGUGUAAUAU